AUGCUUCCUCAGGCCGUCUUCGCGCAGGUGCUCCUGGCGACUACGGCUCUUGCGAUACCCCAAGCCUCCCUAAUAAUACAAAACCUCACCCCUACCGACAGCACCACCCAUUCGGAUCCCACUACCGCCCCAGCAAGGGCCCACCCAGAAAGUACCGUGGAUGGAUGGGGCGAUGGCAUCACGGAAACAGCGACAGGCACUUGCGACUCUCCCGACACAUGUCCUCCAUUCUUAGUUCAUGUGGAGACGACGGUGACGGGCUUCGAGGAUCUGGCCACCACCACAGCACUGGAAUCAUUCAUACGCGUACAAACUUCGCAACAUGGCAGGGCGGACGUCGUUACGACAAGUACACCAAGCCUCGUAAACAUACACACCGAGGUGGUGCCAACGACACAGCAACGACUCGGAAGACCCAGCGAGACGCCUGUCGGCAUACCGACGCGGCCAGAGGACAGUCCUACACCCGGCGUGCCCCAAGCGACUCCAUCUCCAGAUUCUUUGUUGCUUGACAUUGUAUCGCGCAUAGCCAUAUCUGCAUCGUCUACUGGGAGCGGAUCGAACCCACCCAACAAUCGCCUUCCGGCAACGAGUGAGACCGGCCUAAGCAACAAUGAUGAUCCCACUCCUCAAACUCACGCAAAUGCGCAAUCCCAACAAGCAACAGAAGCUGGUUCAAGCGCAUCCAUCGCCCCUGUUGGUUCAGCACCCGAGAUAACUGCUGGUGGCCAGAUAACCUUGGGGUCCGCUAUUCUUACUCUUACGCCUGGCUUAUCCUCCACGCUCGGUGACGGUGCUACCGCGACAUAUGUUGAGAUCACUACAAAUGAUGCUGGGCAAACAUUGAUCACUGUUUCUUCAAACGGUACCGCUGUUAUUGCGACCGUCACAGAAGCGCCCGCUGCUGUUACCAAACCAAAAACAGGGUUCGAGGCUAGCAUCACGACCGCAGCUCGUCCAGCAACUCUCGACAGUACGGGAGAUGACAACACAGUUCCAACGACCUCGAGUAGGGGAUCGGCAGUGCCUCAGAAGGCCGCAGACAUGGGGCAGUGGUUGUACGUAGGCUUGGGGCUUGUUGGACUUCGACUUGUCGCGGGAUGA